GUGUUAUGGUUGAAGUCAGAACUCUGUAACAUGUAUAAGCAAUCGACGAGUGUUAAUUUUCCUUAGAGAUCAUUAUCAAAGAUAUGUAUACUGGAAACGUUAACAGUUAUCAGUCGUUGCGAAAUUGUAAGGGUCAUUUAUGAAGUCCGUGACCUACUUGUCCACUAAGCUUGCAACAAAUGCGCCGAAAACUGUCUAAUCCUAAGAAGAUAAGGUCUUUACUCACCAACAGCUCUUCACAAUGCAUACCUUAAAGUAAAAGACAGUGGCUUGCCAGUAAGAACUGUUGCAAAACAGUAUGGUGUUCCUCAUACUACACUAUGGGACCGUGUGAAAGGGUUAUUGACCCUGAAUGCCUCAAACCCGGACCAGCUCCACUCUUCUCUCAGGAAGAAGAGGUCAAACUAGUUGACCAUGUCAAGACAAUGGCUGCCCUUGGGUAUGGUUAUACCAUCAGUGAAGUUGUAGCAAGUGCUACAAACUAUGCAGUGUUCCUUGGUAAAAGGCCAAAUGAUAAACCUUUGUCUGUGAAAUGGUUUAAGGGUUUCCAGCAGCGAUGGCCUGAGUUGCGAGUUGUUCGUCCGAGGGCACUGUCCAACUACAGAGCUGAAGCCACAUCAGAGGCCAAUGUUCAUGAAUAUUUCAACAAUUUGAUGAGCGUUGUUGAAAAACAUGACCUCCACAACAAACCUGAGUGUGUCUAUAACAUUGACGAAAAAGGUAUCCAAACAGAGCAUACCCCACCAUUCAUAAUAAGUGGCACAUUGAAGGCACCAGCAGUUACUUCGUCAAGGUCCUGCGUUACAACAAUAAUUGGAUGUGGAAACGCAUUAGGCACACAGCUUCCACCAUUCUUUGUUUUCAAAGGGAAACGCCUGAAUGCAGAUCUGUUACAAGGGUCUACUCAAGGGUCAUCAGGGUGUAUGUCUGACAGUGGCUGGUCAAAUUCAGCUGUGUUUUUACACUACAUGGACACCCAUUUCCUCAGAUAUGUGCAAAGAGUGGACAAGUCACAGCCUAUCCUUGUUCUGCUUGAUGGUCAUAAAAGCCACAUAAAUGUUCCAGUGCUGGAUUGGGCAAAGAAGAAUAACAUUAUUCUAUUCAUCUUACCGGCCCACACAAGCCAUGUCCUUCAACCCCUUGAUGUGGGUUGUUUUGGACCCCUUCAAAAAAUCUACAACUCCAUGUGUCACAGAUUUAUCAGAGAAAAUCCCUCUACAAAAAUAACAAGGUACAAUGUUGCUCCUCUUGGAUCUGCUGCAUACGUAGCAGCAUUGUCUGUGGAAAAUCUUCGAUCUGCCUUCAAGAAAUCAGGUGUUUUUCCAGUUGACGAGUCAGCUGUUAGCAAGGAGCAUUUUACCACUUCGCUACCAUAUGUUGCUGCACCAUCUGUUCCUGAAAUCAACAAAAACAUGCAUGAAAGAAAUCCUGAUGUUUUCUUCUAUGAAGCAGAAGUUGUCAUUAACAAAAAGAAAGAAUUCAACAAUGCAAAGAAAAAGAAUAACAUUCUUGAAUUUACAUCUGGCAAAGAAAUAACAGAUCCGAUAAUUGAACAGAAACUCAGGGAAAGAGCUGAAACAACAAAUGAACAGAAAAACAAGCAACAAACUGAACAAUCCAACAAACAUUCGAAGCUUAUGCCCACAAAAGAAACAGUUUCACAAACAAGGAACAAACAACUGAAAAAAAAACAAUCAACAAAACAACACACUUACCCAGAUCCUGGACCCUCCCAUCUAAACACUGAUGUUGAAUCCUCUGAAGAUGAAGAUGAUGAUGAAACUUGUUGUGUAUGCAGCCUCUUUCAGCCAAAAGAACUUGCUAACUGCGUAUCAUUGAUAUUUGUAAAGUGGGCCAAGUGUGACUUUGAUAACUGUAGCCACUGGGUGCACUUGCAGUUUUGCACAGCCACAAAUGUUGUUAGGAGAAAUGACCCGUUCUAUUGUCCUUGCCACAAUAUUGCAGAGGAAUAGACUUGUUUUUUUGUGUUCAAAGCUACAUGCUUUUCUAAUUUUGUUUAUUUUCAUGUUUCAAAAAAAAUUGUUCAGUUUCAUGUUUGUUUAUAUUCACUGGAGUAGUAUUUAUGAACUGUUCGGUAAUAGGUCAUGUUUACAUCGGCCGCCAUUUUGUUUUGUCUGCUAGAGGUGACAAUAAACAAGGAAUCAUUGUUAUGAAUUCUUGACGGAUAUUUGCUUGAAAACUUUACAGAUAAGUUAUUUAAUGAUUGAACUGUUAGUUAUUUGUUAAAACAAAUUGUUUUUGUUAUUUUAAGUGUUUGCAAAUUUAACUUAAUUUCUUAGGUGUUCGAUAACUGGUUCGUCCACCACAUUCUAUACAUAGAUGGUGACGUCACUACGUUAUUGUCACCUCUAUGCUAGGACGCAUCACAUUCCCCUGAUUAGGGGAUUUGUGAUUCCGCCAAAAUAGUUCCGCAAAAAAGGUUAAGUGGUGACUGAUCCUCUCACCCUCCUUAUCCAGGAAACGUUUCGGAAUAACGUGUUGGCACUGAAGAUGUGGAGGACACAGAUUGAUCACAGUACAUCCUUUGGAUACAUGGACACCAUCAACGGGACAACAACAAAACUGUACCUGCCUUUUUUUUAAAGGAAGUAGUUAAUAAAAUUAUUGUUAACAGCUUUUUUAGUCUUGUUGUUUAAGAAUGCUUGCAACAUUUAAGUGGAUAAACGGUUGUUUUAAAUUUGAAUCUUCAGUAAUGCAUUCUUUAUUAAAUGAUGUCAUCUUAUUUCUUUCAAUAUAGUGUAAAUAAUAACAUAAUUAUCCUUUGUAUACAAAAUGAAAACCAAGUUUACUGUUCUAUUAAUCAUUAUUUAUUUAUCUUGUUCUUUUGUCAGAAAUAUUACAGGGGCAUACAUACAGUAUUCCUUAAAUAAAAGGGGCAGUUCUUAGAAAAUUAACAUGUCUUUUAGCAAUGCAUAUUCAAACUUUUUCCACAUUUAUAACCAGCAAGUAUUAUAAUGUAACACAAAUUAAUACUACGAAUUUACUACUGAUUUUGUCGUGCCUGUCAUCAAAUAAACAUGUUUUACUGAAAGUUUCUUAAAAGAUGUUAUGUGGAAGACUUAAUCAAUCAUUUAAUAAAUAUUUGAGCCUCGCUCUGGGAAAAGGGGGUUUAAUGCAUGUACAUAAGGUUGUCCAAGAUUAGGCUGUGCAGACUGCACAGGCUAAUCAGGGGUAACACUUUCCGCCUUAUCUGGAUUUUCUCUAAGAGACUCCCUUUCAACAAAAAAAAUAAAGCAGCAAUUGUCUGCCUGGUUGGUAUGAUCAGCACAUGUAACUUUUAUGUUAAUCUCGUACGACAAUUUACGCACAUGCAUUAAGCCCCAUUUUCCCAGGGCAAGGCUCACCUAUUUAGGUUUUAGCUGUCUAGUCGUUUUUAAUUGAUGCAUAUUCUUUUGUUCAGUGUUGAACUCAACAUGUAUUAUAAUAAGGUGUUCACUGAACAUUCUUGCAGUAAUGUUUUGCUGUGUAAUAUACAUGUAAUAAUAAAUCAAAAUUGAACAA